AGCCUCUCUGUCAUCAUAUAACCUUUCCCCCGGCAAGUCUCAGUGUUCACUUUGGCGCGCCCCUAAACCCUUUUGAAAAACAUAUCAAUUUCGUCCCUCUCCCCCCAUUCCUGCGUGUGCGCCUGCAUCAAGGGCACAAUAGACUCGCAGGAGCACACGUCGCCGUCUUAGGGUUUCUGUUAUCGGAGCCAUGGAGCAACAGAGAACGGUUCAGCAGCAAGAUGAGGUCGAAGAAAUGCAGCACGGCCCUGUUCCCGUCGAACAGCUUCAGGCAUCAGGCAUUGCUUCCCUUGAUGUGAAGAAGCUCAAAGAUGCGGGUCUUUGCACAGUUGAAUCUGUUGCUUACUCACCAAGGAAAGAUCUUUUGCAAAUCAAAGGAAUCAGUGAAGCUAAAGUUGACAAGAUCAUUGAAGCAGCCUCCAAACUGGUGCCUUUGGGUUUUACUAGUGCUACUCAGCUUCAUGCUCAGAGACUCGAAAUCAUUCAAAUCACUUCUGGAUCAAGAGAACUUGAUAAGAUAUUGGAGGGAGGAAUCGAGACAGGAUCUAUUACUGAGAUAUAUGGUGAGUUCCGCUCCGGAAAGACUCAGCUGUGCCACACACUUUGUGUCACUUGCCAACUCCCAUUAGAUAAUGGAGGUGGUGAGGGAAAAGCAAUGUACAUUGAUGCUGAGGGUACAUUCAGGCCACAGAGACUCUUACAGAUAGCAGAGAGGUUUGGACUCAACGGUGCUGAUGUUUUGGAAAACGUUGCCUACGCUAGAGCAUAUAACACUGAUCAUCAAUCAAGGCUCCUGCUUGAAGCAGCUUCAAUGAUGGUAGAAACAAGGUUUGCUCUCAUGAUAGUAGACAGUGCCACAGCCCUCUACAGAACAGAUUUCUCCGGAAGAGGAGAACUCUCAGCACGGCAGAUGCAUCUUGCAAAAUUUCUCCGGAGUCUUCAGAAGUUAGCAGAUGAGUUUGGUGUGGCUGUUGUUAUCACAAAUCAAGUAGUUGCACAAGUGGAUGGUUCUGCACUCUUUGCUGGGCCUCAAAUUAAGCCUAUUGGUGGUAACAUCAUGGCCCACGCUUCUACGACAAGGCUUGCUGUCCGGAAGGGAAGAGGGGAGGAGCGCAUUUGUAAAGUAAUCAGCUCUCCUUGUCUGGCUGAAGCAGAAGCACGGUUUCAGAUAUCUCCAGAAGGCGUCACGGAUGUGAAGGACUAAUAUUCUCUCAGCCCUUGCUAAAACACUUCUGCUAGUGCAACACAUUCUUCUUCAUGUGCUUUCUUAUAUCUGUCUUGUAAUGAACCUUUUAAGGAAGCCAGCAAGAGAACAACUUUGUAAAAUUUUUCACAAGAUGUAUCCAAUGAAUUUUUAUGAGUUUGAUUGCCAAUCUUCUCGUUCA